AUGCCUAGACGUGCGCGGCGUCUAUUCAAUGCUAAUGGAAAUGAAAUUCUUAGUAGUGAAGAUAUUCAACGUGACAUGGAAUAUUGCGUGUCCUCAGGAGAAAAAUUUAAAAACCCAUUGAAAACCAUUGCAGCGAAACCGUCAUCACCGAUUGACGAGAAGUCGCAAUCACCAGAAGAAGAGGAGGAACUGCAACCGCCUGAUGACGAGGAACCACGAAUACGACGUCAGCGACAUAGACGAGUUUCACCGAAACCGCCGAGAUCAGGGCUAUUGAAUACAUCAAUACGAUCACAAUCAUCAGAAGAGGAACCGCAACAGCCUGAUGGCGAGAAACCACGAUCACGACGUCGACAACGUAGACAAGUUUCAUCCAAGCCGAAACCGACGAGAUCGCGGCCAUUGAGUGCACCAACACGAACUGUUCCCCUGUAUAAACGCCGCUAUCGCUCAACGAAUUUUCGUGUUCGAGUGUACAGAAAUAAUGAUCCCUAUAGACAUGUUUAUUGUAAAUCUUGUACAAUGGAUACUAUAUUAACAGCUGCAACCCAGAAACUCCGGAUGUCGAUGGGUGCACGACAUUUAUAUGAUAGUAGGGGACGCGAAGUUCAUUGUACUGAAGAUAUUCAACAUAACAGAGGAUAUUAUGUGUCCUGA